CCUUAUGAGCAAUUCUUGGGCUCCUAGGCGUAUUAAACACAGUCUAAUCGUCGUAUUUGGGGUAUUUAGGCGAAUGACAGAUUGGUUUAAUUAGCCUCCAGCUUACAGGUGGGCGAAAGCCGUUUGUAGGACGGCCCCUCUUUCAGUUCCUCAAUAGGAGACGCGGGACUGACAUUUGUUUGCCAUCCUGUGGGACAGAAGAAACGGCUCCGUUAACAGGUGCGAGGAUAGACAAAUACAAAGGCGUUUAGUCGUGUAUUAGAAUUAGAAUAUUUUCAUCUGUGUUCUAAAGAUAAAAAUUCUAGGAACUAUCUAAAUCUAGCUUAUCACCGAAGCCUCUUUCUUUCCGGAGGAGGACCGACAAAGCCAUGUCAACCAAAAAACGGGUGGAUGUAACGAGAAGGAGCCGAAGCCCCGCGGUGUCCGAGGCGGAGAUGUUGGGUGAUUUUCAGGAGUGGUGCCUCCGCACUUACGGGGACUCCGGUAAAACAAAGACCGUCACCCGGCGAAAAUACAACAAGAUUCUGCAGACCCUCUUACAGAGCGACGACUCGAAUGGAGUCUAUGUCGAGAGAAACCACAUCAACGCCAAAUUUAAGUUCUGGGUCAAAUCUAAAGGUUUCCAGGUGGGCAACACUGACGGCAAGCCGAACGAGAACGGGGCAGCGGACAGAGCGGUCCUGUACGUCCCCAUCAAGGCAACGUGUGUGGAUGGGAGCUCAGGGCCGGAGAGCUCCUCUCUGAAGAGGGUCGCUGUGGUGGAGGACUUCUAUGACAUCAUCUAUGCCAUGCACGUGGAGAUCAGCUCUGACCUGGCCAAAGCACCCAAACACGCCGGACAGAAGAAAACAUACAAAGCGAUAGCGGAGACGUAUGCGUUCCUGCCCAGAGAGGCGGUGACCCGUUUCCUGAUGAGCUGUGGAGAAUGUCAGAAGAGGAUGCACAUCAGCCCCAGUGGUGCAGAGUUUAAAGAGAAUAACCAACCAUCUUCUCUGAUGGCCGACCUCAUAGACUACAACAUGCCCCUCACGACAACCUACUUGAAACAGAAGAAACUACAGUGCAUGAAUAACAACGAGCAGGAUGACUGUUCAGUGAGUAGCGAGGAGUUUGAUAUGAGUGACCCCACAUGGAUAUCAGCUGAACGUCACUCCACACUGUCUGACCUGAGCCACCCCUCCAGAGCAGAUAGGAUGCACAGCCCGCAAAACGCACACAAGGAAGAGGACGAUGAUUCAUCUUCUGAAAGUGGGAGUGGCAAUGGGAUUCGCACUCUGACUCCUCCCUCAGAAGGUGGAGCCGGUGUGAGUGAAAGUACAGGAGCAAGAUCGGGAUCGUACGCUGAGGUUAACGGCAACGGAAACCGUAACGCGGCACCACUCGACUUCAGCACGACGUCCCCGUCCUCAUCUUCAGAGGACCAGCAACCAGUCAACCUCAGUGACAGACUGAGUCAGGCCCUGCCCAGUGCUGCCGCCAUGUUGGCGACCUUUAACCCUGAGCACGCAGAGGAGCUGCGCAGAAAAUACCCCAAAUCCUCAGAGCUACGCCUUGAGCGAGAUAUCAGGGACUGUAAUAGCAAGUCUCCUCAAUACAGUUCAGGCAGCUACGAUUCAAUAAAGAUGGAGAUGUGUCCUGAAGAUCUGACGGUUGGUCGGUCUCAGGUUGCUGACGAUGAUGACGAUGACCACGACGACCACGACGAUAGCGAUAAGAUCAAUGAUGUAGAAGGAGUGGAUCCAGAGAGGUUGAAGGCUUUUAAUAUGUUUGUGCGUCUCUUUGUGGAUGAGAACCUGGACCGUAUGGUGCCGAUCUCUAAACAGCCUAAAGAGAAGAUCCAGGCUAUUAUUGAGUCCUGCAGCCGUCAGUUCCCAGAGUUCCAGGAACGCGCUCGCAAACGCAUCCGUACCUACCUCAAAUCCUGCCGCCGUAUGAAGAAGAACGGCAUGGAGCAGACCCGACCCACGCCACCCCACCUGACCUCAGCCAUGGCGGAGAACAUUCUAGCAGCCGCCUGUGAGAGUGAGUCACGCAAAGCUGCCAAAAGAAUGCGCAUGGAUGUCUACCAGGCACAUGAUGAGCCGUUAUCUCUAGAAAAGGUGGUCUCUCGUGAGCCGGUCUCGCUGACCCACUCUGCGUACUCCCUUGCUGCCUCAGCUUACUCCCAGGACCAGCUAUACAUCAAUGGAGGCCUCAACUACAGUUACCGUGGUUACAGCGGACUGUGUGCCAGCAUGCAACACCCCGCGUCCCUGACAACAGUUACCGCCCAGACCAACGGGCCUACUGAUCUCAGUAUGAAGUCUCUGGCCUCAAACUCAUCCUCGUCAAGCUCCAGUAGUCUCGGCAGGAACGGAGGAGGAGGCGGGGCUUCAGCUCAGCUCAGCCAUACAGAAGUGGCGGCAGUGCGUCAGCUGAUCGCGGGAUACCGUGAGUCCGCCGCGUUCCUGCUACGAUCGGCAGAUGAGCUGGAGAACCUCAUACUACAACAGAACUGAACCCAUUUCCAUCUCUCUCUGACUACACUCAUACCCUUGUCCCUCUGGACCACAUAACUGACCGUGUCCCUCACAUGAUCAUCACCCAGUCACCAAGGAAAACCAUCUGGCUCUUAAAGAUGGAAAACACACAGCUUCAUCCAGCUUUUGCCUUCAUAUUUCAACGAGGACAAACGUGGAGAUGAAUCUUUGAAGCAGACAGUUCGAUGAAUCCUCCACGUACUGCUCCUCUCCACGCAGCCUCCUGUUUACCUGCCAUUCGUUCCCCGCUGAGAGCCAUCGAUUUCAGAUUUUCUUUGUUUUCAGCUACUUCAAAGGAGGAAUCCUCCAGACGGCACUAACUAAUUGAAGACACUUUUGAUUUGGAGGCGUAAUGGAAAGAAAGAAGAUAAAAAGAGCAAGAAGAAAACUAAGAGACCUUUGUAUUUGCUGUAAAUAAGCACUCGCUGUGUCCUGAAGCACUUUUCCAUUCGUUCUGACCUCUGAAUGAUUAAUUUAUGCAUUUAGAUACACAGGUGGAAGCUCACCUGGAAAUACCUCAGCCUGUCUCUCUCUCUCUCUCUCUCUCUGUGUGUGUGUGUGUGUGUGUGUGGGAAAAGAAAAUGAUCACCUGUCCGUCCUCAACUUCGCGGUCCAGUGAUUUGGACUUCGAAGGCAGAGAGUGGGAGAGAAUUUGUUUCUGUAAUUGAAGUGAAGAUUUUCUUUUUCCACCCCGUCCAAAUGCGUUGUAUAUAUUCCGAUCCGUUUCAAGGUAUUGAUCGCAAGAAGACACUGAACUUGUUUUGGGAAUGGACCCGUUCGGCCUCACAGAUGCCAACUCGCUCUGUGUCCACUGUACGGGUCACCUUCUCUUCUCCUCGUCUCUUUUGUGUCCUUCUAUUUCUCCUGAACCUCCUCUCUCCUCCUCCACCUUAUUAUUCUGCUUUGGACGGCGAUAGAGAGGAAGGAUGUGGAAUGGAAGCUUGUUAGUCUUUUAUCUGUUGACUUUUCUUAAUGGCCAUUAAUCCACUCUGCUGCUAUGGACUCCAACGUAACGCCACAGACCUGAAACCUCAAGCCUCCCAAACACAACCAGAGCACCUCAAAGGCGAAAAAAAAAAAUCCAAGACAAAAAAAAAGAACGAAAUGGAAGCCAAAUACAAAAAAAAACAAAAACUGCUGUUUUGCGUUCUGGUCUAGAGUGUUUGAUUCAAGACUGAGGGCUGCUUGUGUUUGCUUUUGUUUGAUUUGUUCUAAAAGUGUAGUGUGUGCUUAAAUAUCAACUGGGAUCAAAUUGUCUUUUGAACAAGAGCUUGGCGCGCACACAUAAACGAGUCUUUAGUGAACUGAGUAUUUAACAAGAGAGGUUUAAAAAAGGUAAUUAGAGAGGUAGAUUUGUUUAGGGACGGACUGACAGUCAUGUCACUGUAAUUUGCUCCAUUUGCACACAGAGGCAGUGCUAAUCUGUGAUUGAGGAGAUCCGUGGCUCCGUGGUGCACUGCUAGUGGGGGAUGGAGAAAGAAUAUCACAAUGCAGAAGAUAAUCAAACACAUUUCUGGCCCUGAAGGAGACUGACUAAUACAGAGAGGCUACCAUGACCCCCGCUGAGGAGCCUUCCGAAUCAUUACAUUCAUAAUCACAUGACCGGGAACUACUUCUGAUCGAAAGCCAUGAUGAUGAGUGAGUGUGACCAGAGACUACACUGCCCUCUUAUGAUGACACCGCCGCUCAAAACACAAUGUUGAACACAUAGAAGUAAUGAUUUCUUAAUGUAUUAUCAUAUUCAUGGUUGGCCUUCACUUCGAUAUUGAGUUGUUGAUUAGAAUGUUGUUACAGACGUGAAGACAUAUGCAAACGGACAGCGUGAGGCCUCUCGUCACUCUGGUUAACAUUGCUCUGAUCACAAAAUAGUCCUUGACCUCUCUCCUCUCUGACUGUCUUCACCGUUUCUUUUACUUUAUUUCAGGAGAGAACUUAAUAAGAAAAUAAGGGGAGCUAUGUAAAUAUUUAAAAAUUAAAUGCUUUAAAAUAUUUUAAAAUAUUUAAAAAAAAAUUUUUUUACAUUUCUAAGUUUAGCCCCAAAAUAAAUAAAAUAAGAAAUUAUUUUUUGCAUAAUCAAAAGUCAUUGUUUUUUUGUUUUCUGAUAUUUUAAUUAAGCACUUUUUUCUCUCAAAUAUUCUCAUUACCUUAAUGCAUCCUACUAGUAACAUUCUAGUUUUUCUUGUUUAGUUUUGUUUUGUAAUUUAGAAUAUGACAAAAUUUAAGUUCGUUAGAAAUUCUGUAAAUUAUAAUUUCAUUUAUAAACCUUUUUUUUUUUACAUAUUACAGUAAAUGUACUGUAGUAAUUUUUUUAAUUUAAUUGACAGAUUUAAAAGGAACUUCAAAUACCACAAAGAUAAUUAAAUCUUUAUAAUUUCAGGACAUCAGAAUGAGUUAUAUAUAUUAAAAAUAGAGCAUUUGAAGAAUCUUUUUGUUGUUGUUUUUUUGGUAAUGAGAAUUGAGGUUGAUAUGCUUGAUUUAAAUCAUACAAAAAAAUGUUUGUUGUUAAAAGUAGUUUACUCUUUUUGGAGGGAAAUUCAACCUAAUGUUUCUGACAUGCACAUUUUGACCUACUCAUUCAAGGGGGUUUGAUUCGGGGGGGAUCCUCAUGAUCAAAUGUACUCUCUCCUCCUUUUCUGUGCUGUUGUCAUCUCUAUUUGUCUCUCUGUCUCACCUACUUUUCUUUUCCAUGUUGUCCGCAGUAGACAUAUUGUGAGAGGUCAGGUAAUCGAGGAUUCUAGCUGCUCUCUGUCAUCUGUCUUUCUCUCAUUGAGGUCUGAUAUGGGUCCCACUGCCGCCAAAACUGAUGAUGAUAUGCCAACCUCACAUGCUACCGAGCUCUUUUAUGGAUUAAAAAAAAAAAAAGUACGAUGGAGAUGUAACUGGUAACCGCAUCUGUGUGGAAAAGAAGCCGAGAAAAAAGCAAAGCAAAGCGUUCAUCCUUUCGUAAGGUGUUUCUUCUCUCCGGUUUGCUCAAGGACAGCUACUGAAAAACAAACUGUAAAACAAGGCAAACGACAAUCUUGAAAAAGGUGUAACUAGUUCAGUUCUGUUUCCAUGCUCUGUGUUCCGUGUGUGUGUGUCCCGGGAGAGUGAGGGCUAUUUUAGCCAUAAUCAGAGCAUCUCUCACUCUCAGAUCCGAGUUCUCACGCUAGUCGCCGAGGACGCCUUGGGGCCCACUGUCGAAAACCUUUUUAUCUGAUUCCUAUUUUUAUUAUAAUUAUCUUGAUUACUAUUAUUUUGUAAUUCUUUUUGUAUCGCAAGUGGUCUUUUCAGAACCGUUUUGUACCGACAUCACAUUUGAAGUUUGUCCUGUAUGCCUAUAACAUUCCAAACGAGGAUGUCAACAUGCCAAGCAGCCGGCCAAACCACGGUCACAUCGGAUUGCAGAUACACACACCGAGGGCGAAAUCAAUCCCACACCGCACAGGUUUUACAGUGUUCGUUACCGCUAGAGCCUGAUGCCUGAUUCCUCAACUGUUAUCUCUGUACUGCAUGACUGAGAUGUUGGGGAAACUGUUCUCUGAUUAGUUAUGCACCGUGCCUUUAAAGGGGCUUAACCAAACCGAUUAUCAUAUGUCUGUCUCUUUAUUGUAUAAGAUGCUCUCCAUAUUUGCUGUCAUAAGGUACCUCAGAGCCCCUUCAUAGUGUCUUUUUUUUUGGUUCAAUCUGCACCAUAAUCUACUGUGAUAUGACAGGCCCUUUUAGUUGUACAUAAUAUUUCAAAGGCAUCACUCACAAACAAACACACAGACAGACGGACAUAUGCGAGUUCAGGCUUUGCAUUCAGGUGUGAUGCUGGUUAUGGUUGCUGCAAAACUACACAUCUUAUAAAUGCUCUGGUUUGAUCAGAUGUAUAGCUCUGACAAAAAAGAAAUGACUUUUAUUUUUCUACCACAGUGGUGUACAGCUGCGUUCAAGUUCACGUGGUUCCAUGUUUAGUCUGUUCUCUUUUCUAAUUUGUUGGUGCUUUGGAUCUUUACCAUCCCGUCUCGGUUUCCUCCUGAUUUCUCCUGUAUAAGGAGCUGCUGACGUUUUGAUAUGUACCUAAUACCAAUGUGAAACUGUCUCUUUCCUUCUCAUUUUGGACUCAGUGGAAGUGUGAUGUUUACAUGUACAGAUUUUUGAGAUUCUCUUUCUUUUUUUGUUGUUGUCCUUAUUUUUUGUUGUUAUUUUGAUUUCAGAUAUUUUCUUUUUUUCUUUUCAGGCACUGCUUAAUUUGAUUUGAUUCCUUUUAUAGUUAAGGGAAAUGGGACUUAACAGUUCCAUGGAUUUAACAGUAAGACCAGACAGUCUGAUCCCAAUCCCUUUCUUUAACUGCUGUCAACAGAUACACAACAUGAAGAAGACUCAUUAUAAAUUAAUAUUUUCGUCUGAACAUUAGGGACAACAUGGCCGUAUGUUCCUUAAUGUUAAAAAGCCAUCAUCACACCCUUUAUCAAGUAUUCGAGUACAAGGACAGCAGAGUGAAAACCUCAGGUAAAUGAUUGCUGUUUUAUAGUUGGAAAAGAAAUCCUAUUGGCAACCCAUUUCCCCAUAAUAUAUACAAAAUCUUUUUUUAUAUAUUUAUUGUGUUAUAUGUGUAACAGUGAAUACUUUUUCAGUACAUGUGGCUAAAUAUUUUAAUUUGUUGGAAAAGUGUUGAUACAUAUGUGAAGAAACCGAAAGACUGAGAAAAAAAAAAAAUCAAUUUUUGUUAUUUAAUGCAAACAGCAUGGGCGGCUCCUAACAUAUCACUUUCAUUAAUGAAAACCAAUGAUUUGAGAUGAAGCUUUCUCCAGUGGGUUGUCACUGCUAAAAUGUCACCGACAUGACAUUGUGACUUUUUUUUUUCUCCCAAGCUGUACGUCACAAAGCUAAAUAUACUAAUAAAACAGUGUGCUAUAUAUCA